AGAGACUGAUGGAGAGGCAGAGACGGAAGGCGGACAUUGAGAAGGGGCUGCAGUUCAUCCAGUCGACACUACCCCUAAAGCAAGAAGAAUAUGAGGCCUUUCUGCUCAAGCUGGUCCAGAACCUGUUUGCUGAGGGCAAUGACCUGUUCCGGGAGAAGGACUACAAGCAGGCGCUGGUGCAGUACAUGGAGGGGCUGAACGUGGCCGACUACGCCGCCUCCGACCAGGUGGCCCUGCCCCGGGAGCUGCUGUGCAAGCUGCACGUCAACAGGGCGGCCUGCUACUUCACCAUGGGCCUGUACGAGAAGGCGCUCGAGGACAGCGAGAAGGCGCUGGGCCUGGAUGGGGAGAACAUCCGGGCCCUGUUCCGCAAGGCACGUGCCCUCACGGAGCUGGGGCGCCACAAGGAGGCCUACGAGUGCAGCAGCCGGUGCUCCCUCGCCCUGCCCCACGACGAGAGCGUGACUCAGCUCGGCCAGGAGCUGGCUCAGAAGCUUGGGCUGCGCGUCCGGAAGGCGUAUAAGAGACCCCAGGAAUUGGAAACCUUUUCUCUGCUCAGCAAUGGCACCGUGGCUGGCGUGGCGGACCAGGGAACUUCCAAUGGGUUGGGGUCCAUAGAUGACAUCGAAACAGACUGCUACGUGGACCUGCGGGCAUCCACGGUCCCCCUCUCCACCACGAUGCCCCUGUUCCCUCACGUUCUGGACCUGCUGGCCCCCCUGGACAGCAGCAGCAGGGCCCUCCCCGGCACCGAGAGCCUGGACGACUUCUCUGACGGGGACGUCUUCGGUCCGGAGCUGGACACCCUCCUGGACUCACUGUCUCUGGUCCAGGGCGGCCUCCCUGGCAGUGGUGUGCCCAGCGAGCUGCCCCAGCUGAUCCCCGUGUUCCCCGGCGGGGCCCCGCUGCUGCCACCAGUAGUGGGUGGCUCCAUCCCCGUCUCCAGCCCGCUGCCCCCCGCCUCCUUCGGCCUCGUCAUGGACCCCUCCAAGAAGCUAACUGCCUCUGUUCUGGAUGCCCUUGACCCCCCGGGCUCGGCCCUGGACGCCCUGGACCUGCUGCCCUACUCGGAGACUCGGCUGGACGCCCUCGACAGCUUCGGCUCGACCCGAGGCUCUCUGGACAAGCCCGACUCCUUCAUGGAGGACACGAACUCACAGGACCAUCGUCCCCCAAGCGGCGCUCAGAAACCAGCCCCCUCGCCAGAGCCCUCCAUGCCCAACACCGCCUUGCUCAUCAAGAACCCCCUAGCUGCCACCCACGAGUUCAAGCAGGCCUGCCAGCUCUGCUACCCCAAAACAGGCCCCAGGGCUGGCGACUACACCCACCGGGAGGGCCUGGAGCACAAGUGCAAGCGGGACACCCUGCUGGGCCGGCUCCGGGGCGCCGAGGACCAGGCCUGGAAGCGCAUCCGGCCCCGGCCCACCAAGACCAGCUUCGUGGGCUCCUACUACCUGUGCAAAGACAUGAUUAACAAGCAGGACUGUAAGUACGGGGAUAACUGCACCUUCGCCUACCAUCAGGAGGAGAUCGACGUGUGGACCGAGGAGCGCAAGGGCACCCUCAACCGCGACCUGCUCUUCGACCCGCUGGGGGGCGUCAAGCGGGGCAGCCUCACCAUCGCCAAGCUCCUCAAGGAGCACCAGGGCGUCUUCACCUUCCUCUGCGAGAUCUGCUUUGACAGUAAGCCCCGGAUCAUCAGCAAAGGCACCAAGGACUCGCCGUCUGUCUGCUCCAACCUGGCUGCCAAGCACAGCUUCUACAACAACAAGUGCCUGGUGCACAUCGUCCGGUCCACCUCCCUCAAGUACUCCAAGAUCCGCCAGUUCCAGGAGCACUUCCAGUUCGACGUGUGCCGCCACGAGGUCCGCUACGGCUGCCUGCGCGAGGACAGCUGCCACUUCGCUCACAGCUUCAUCGAGCUCAAAGUCUGGCUGCUGCAGCAGUACUCGGGCAUGACCCACGAAGACAUCGUCCAGGAAUCCAAGAAAUACUGGCAGCAGAUGGAGGCCCACGCGGGAAAGGCCAGCAGCAGCUUGGGCGCCCCCCGGACGCACGGGCCCAACACCUUUGACCUGCAGAUGAAGUUCGUGUGUGGCCAGUGCUGGAGGAAUGGGCAGGUGGUGGAGCCUGACAAGGAUCUCAAGUACUGCAGUGCCAAGGCCCGGCACUGCUGGACCAAGGAGCGGCGGGUCCUCCUGGUGAUGUCCAAGGCCAAGAGGAAGUGGGUGUCGGUGAGGCCGCUGCCGUCCAUUCGAAACUUUCCUCAGCAGUACGAUCUCUGCAUCCACGCACAGAACGGCCGCAAGUGUCAGUACGUGGGGAACUGCUCCUUCGCGCACAGCCCCGAGGAGCGCGACAUGUGGACCUUCAUGAAGGAGAACAAGAUCCUGGACAUGCAGCAGACCUACGACAUGUGGCUGAAGAAGCACAACCCAGGGAAGCCCGGGGAAGGGACGCCCAUCGGCUCGCGGGAGGGUGAGAAGCAGAUCCAGAUGCCCACGGACUACGCCGACGUCAUGAUGGGCUACCACUGCUGGCUGUGCGGCAAGAACAGCAACAGCAAGAAGCAGUGGCAGCAGCACAUCCAGUCGGAGAAGCACAAGGAGAAGGUCUUCACGUCGGACAGCGACGCCAGCGGCUGGGCCUACCGCUUCCCCAUGGGAGAGUUCCGGCUGUGCGACAGCCUCAAGGCUUGGGCCUGGGCCUUAGAGCCCAGCAAGUGUCAGCGAGGCUUCCAAGGACCCUCACACAGGAAGCAGACCAACAGGCGAAGUCCCUUUGGGUGA